UGCUAGCAAGCAGAAGAAACCAAUUUGGUUAUAUAAACAACACUUGUUUGCUCUAUGGGUGUCGAAUUCCUUUCAAAAUAACGACUUUUAUCAACUUCAAAAACUAAUAAUACAUCAUGUCCAUUCCUCUGGACGCUCGAGAAAUCCUGAACCAUCUGAACCAGUUGGGCUAUCGGAACAUCACUCCACAACAACUGAAAGAAUUCCAAAAAGAUCUCAGAAAGCUGAUAAAAUUUGACACCAAAAUUCGGGAUGUAGCAACCACACCGGUGGAACCACUCAGCGUCAAAGCAGCUCAGCAGAUGGAUACCUUCCAACGGUUACACACGCUCACAACUAUCAGUUACAAUGCCAAAACAUCGAAAAAGUCGGCUCCCGUAAGUUGUCCAAAAGCGGCAGGGGUGCUCGUUCCGGCUGGGGGUGCUAAAAACGACGGCGCGGUAGAGACAGACAAUGAGGAAAAGGAAAACGCUCAGCACCCAUCGGCUGCGGAGAAGGUUAAAAAACAGACAGAUCGUGACUGUGCGGCUGCUGCUCAGAAAAUGUGGAUUAGACCACGAAGUGCAAGUCGAGCGAGCCAUUCUCGGAAGAAUGAUCCCGUUACUCUGUACCAAUCGUAUCAGAAAGAUUGGUUGCGUUUCCGGAACCAACUGCCGGGAGAAAACACCCGAUCAGAUUUGCGCUGGCAGGUGCGGACCAAGUUGCUGGCUGACAAUUAGCUUUCAAAUCCACUCAAUAAUUUUAUCAACACUUAUUGACAUUCCGUCCACUCGAUGCAAAGUUUCAAACAUUUGACUGAUAUUUCUAAGGAUUCUUGUUUAAUAAAAGCUAGCAAUUUUAACUCUUUGUUCAGAUGAUUAUUUGCUUUGUU